AUGGAGGCCGGAGGAGACACUGCUGCCCCAGCCCCCGGGGACGCAGAGGACUUGGAGGACACGCGGCUCCCCGGUGAGGAGGCUGGAGACGGUGGAGGGGUUCAGGAGGACCCCACAGAGUCCGAAGACCGUAGCCUGGAGGAAACAGGACCCGAGACCAAGGACCAGCCAGCCAGCCUGCUGUCACCACUGCCCCAGUCAGAGUCCCCUUCCUCUACCUGUGGGCUCUGGGAUCCUGCAGCCUCUGAGAACAACAUCACAGGUGACUCUGAGAGUGACCCUGGGGGCCAAGGCGGAGACCCAAGUGACGAGGACUGGCGCAGCAAGCGGAAGCACGUGUUUGUACUGAGUGAGGCGGGCAAGCCCAUCUACUCCAGGUAUGGUAGUGUGGAGGCGCUGUCGACUACCAUGGGUGUGAUGACAGCUCUCGUGUCUUUCGUGCAGAGUGCAGGAGACACCAUCCGCGCCAUCUAUGCUGAGGACCACAAGCUGGUGUUCCUACAGCAGGGCCCGCUGCUGCUGGUGGCCGUGUCGAGGACUCCUCAGUCAGCAGCCCAGCUGCGGGAGGAGCUGCUAGCUGUGCACGCACAGAUCGUGAGUACACUGACACGCGCAAGCGUGGCCCGCAUCUUCGCCCGUAAGCAGAACUACGACCUCCGCCGCCUGCUGGCUGGCUCCGAGCGCACCCUAGACCGGCUUCUGGACAGUGUGGAGCGGGACCCAGGGGCGCUGCUCCUGGGUGCUGUGCGCUGCGUGCCCCUCACUCGCCCGCUGCGGGAAGCACUGGGCACACUGCUCCGACGUUGCACGGCACCCGGCCUGGCACUGUCCGUGCUGGCGGUGGGUGGUCAACUGGUGACAGCAGCCCAGGAGCGGAAUGUGUUGGCUGAGUGCCGGCUGGACCCAGCGGACCUGCAGUUGCUGCUCAACUGGGUCAGCGCACCCGCCUUUGCAGCCGGAGAAGCGUGGGCACCUGUGUGCCUGCCCCGCUUCAACCCGGAUGGUUUCUUCUAUGCCUACGUGGCCCGCCUGGACGCCAUGCCUGUCUGCCUGCUGCUGCUUGCCACGGACCCCGAGGCCUUCCAUGACAUGGCCACCUGCCGGCGCCUGGUGGAAGAGGGCAUGCACACGCUUGGUGCCAUGCGGACCCUUGGAGAGGCUGCCAGUUUCUCUAAUGCCCCGUCAGCCACUGCCCCAUCCUACAGCGUGCAGGCUGUGGGAGCACCUGGCCUUUGGCACUUCCUCUACAAACCACUGGACAUCCCUGACCAUCACCGCCAGCUGCCUCAGUUUACCAGCCCUGAGCUAGAGGCCCCAUACAGCAGAGAGGAGGAACGGCAGCGCCUAUCGGACCUGUACCACCGCCUGCACGCUCGCCUCCACAGUACCUCCCGGCCUCUGCGCCUCAUUUACCACGUGGCUGAGAAGGAGACGCUGCUGGCCUGGGUGACCUCCAAGUUUGAGCUCUAUACCUGCCUCAGCCCCCUGGUGACCAAGGCAGGCGCCAUCUUGGUAGUGACCAAACUCCUACGCUGGGUGAAGAAAGAGGAGGAUCGACUUUUCAUUCGUUACCCACCCAAGUACUCUUCACCUCCAGCAGCCUCAUCUGCCUCUACGGACCAAGCUUCCCAUAAUGGCUUGUUCACUGGAUCCUGA